AUGAAAUUUUCAGCACUCUGGACAGCUCUCUGCGUUUCCAUGUACGGGGCGGCGAUGGCUUGCUCAGUGAAAAAGCUGGGCACUAACUCUGGGCGUUUCGCCAAUGCCACACUGGUUCGACUGAAUGAGUUUUUAAGUGUCGGAUAUAAGAAAGGAGUUCGACCCGUGAGGGACUGGAGACAGUCAACGACUGUGGCCAUUGACCUAAUGGUUUAUGCUAUUCUCAAUGUGGAUGAGAAGAACCAGGUCUUGACAACAUAUGUGUGGUACAGACAGCAAUGGAAAGAUGAGUUCCUUGUGUGGAAUCCUGAAGAAUUUGAUGAUGUCAAACAAAUUUCUAUUCCCACUAUCAACGUCUGGAUUCCAGAUAUUCUUAUCAAUGAAUUUGUGGAUGUAGGAAAGUCUCCCGAUAUUCCAUACAUCUAUGUAGGCCAUGACGGGCUUGUGCGCAACUAUAAGCCCAUCCAGGUGGUGACUGCCUGCUCCCUCAACAUCUACAACUUUCCCUUUGAUGUCCAAAAAUGCAGCCUGACUUUCCAGAGCUGGCUACACACAACUAAAGACAUCAACAUCACACUAAUAAGAAGCCCUAAGGAUAUAAUGGAGGACAGGAGUGUUUUCAUGAACCAGGGAGAAUGGGAGCUGCUUGAAGUCCUCUCCAAAUACAAAGAGUUCAGCCUGGAUAAUGAUGAUUACUACGCCGAAAUGAAGUUCCAUGUUGUGAUCCGACGCAGACCUUUGUUCUACACAGUCAACCUGUUGUUGCCCAGUAUAUUCCUGAUGUUGAUGGAUAUAGUUGGGUUUUACCUGCCCCCAGACAGUGGAGAGAGGGUGUCCUUCAAGAUCACUCUGCUCUUGGGCUAUUCUGUCUUUCUUAUCAUCGUCUCUGAUACUCUUCCAGCAACUGCCAUAGGGACCCCUCUCAUUGGUGUGUACUUUGUGGUGUGCAUGGCUCUGCUGGUGAUCAGUCUGACAGAGACCGUUCUGAUCGUGAGGCUGGUGCACAAACAGGAUCUACAGUCCCAUGUGCCCCAGUGGGUCAAACACCUGGUGCUUGAGAAGGCCACAGUCCUGCUCUGCAUUCGCAACAAGAAGUUCUGCUCCCUCCUCUCUCAGGGAUCUGACCUCCCACUCUACAAAGAGAACAACAUGAACACAGCCGUGCGCUGCAGCCAUCACAGCUGCGAGAGAUCCAGAGAAACAGGGAGGAACCUGGGCUUGGGUCUGACCGUGCGGGACAGCUGCCCUCCUGUCAUGGACAACAUCCUGCAAGAGAUCACCAACAUCCGUCAGUUCCUGGAGAAGAAGUAUGACAGCAGAGAGAUUGCUAAGGAGUGGCUGCAAGUAGGGUACGUGUUGGACAUCCUGUUGUUUAGGGUCUACCUGCUCAUUGUGUUGGCCUACAGCAUCACUUUAGGCACUCUAUGGUCUGUCUGGCAGAACGCCUGACCACAGGCAUAGAUCGUA